AUGGUGCGCUCGUACCUUCGCCACGAGCCCACAUCCGCCUUUGGCCUCAUCUGCUCCGCCUCGGCCAACUCGAUCCUCGACCCCGACUCCAAAACAGCAUUCGUGCCUGCGCUUGAAGAUGUCCUCGUCUGGGAUGUCCGCAGAGGCGCACUCCUCGCCACCUGGCACGAGAUCGGCCAUCGCUCCAAAGUCACCGCUCUCGCUAGGUCACCCAGCGAUCCCGACACCUUUGCCGUAGGCUACGAGGAUGGAAGCAUUCGCCUGUGGUCUGCCCAGACCAAUUCGACCUCGGUCACCUUCAACGGCCACAAAAAGGCUGUCGUCGCUCUCACUUUCGACGCUCAAGGUCUGCGGGUCGCCAGUGCCAGUCUCGACACCGACAUUAUCCUCUGGGACCUUGUAGCAGAGACUGGUCUCUAUCGACUUCGUGGCCACCGCGACGCCGUCACCGCCAUCGCCUUCGUGCAGCUUCCAUCGACACUGGUCAACCCAGACGAGCCGUCGUCCUCGACUGCUGUACUCGCCGAGUCGGACGCAGCCGGCUACCUGCUCAGCACCUCCAAAGAUGGCCUCAUGAAGCUGUGGGACCUUUCGCUGCAGCACUGCGUGGAAACAGUGGUUCACGGCUCGAACGAGAUUUGGAGCUUGGGCGUCUCGCAGGAUGUGCCACUGGCCAUGCAGGUGUCCACACGAGGAAAGCAGGCCGACGAAGAUGACGAAGAGUCGGCUGACCGCAACGCUGUUGCUGACGGUGGCGCUCUCGUACUCACCGGAAGCGCCGAUGGGGACAUGCGAGUGUGGGAAAUCUCAGCAGAGGCUUUGUCACGAGGUUUGCAGACGGUAUCGAGCGCAGAUGGGCCAGCGAACGGCUCUUCCGACAAGUUUAUCACGCCCAAGGGCUCGAUCCCGCUAUCUGGCAAACACCGCGUCACCCAAAUCGAGUUCUGUGGCGUGCCAAAACGCCAGACCAGCACAGCAUCCGCCACAGCAGCGCACGGGCAAGGCUACAUCGCCGUCUCGAGCACCGACAAAGCUGUGCAGGUGUUCCGACUGCGUUCAACCGAAGAGAUGGCCAAGAAGCUAGAGCGCCGAAGGAAACGCAACAAGGAGAAGGCCGAGAAGAAGCGCGCGAAGGAAGGCGCCUCUUCGACGGCAGCGGAUACCACCGCUGACGUUCCAGAUCAGGUCACCUGGGCGGACCGCAUCGAAGCCUACACCAAUGUUCGUCCCGCUGCGGGCAAGCUCAAGAGCUUCUCGCUUGUCACGCCUCGCUCGAGCUCAGCAGCAGCCAACAAAUUCGGUCUCAGCGUCCUAUGUGGGCUGUCCACCAACGCGCUCGAGAUCUACAGCGUGCCCGCACCGCCGCGCUCGAAAGCGGAAAAGGCCAAUCCGAUCGAGCCCGUCCUCGCCAGCGCGCUCGAGUCUCCUGGCCACCGCUCCGAUAUCCGCGCCGUCGCACUUUCGUCCGAUGACACGCUGCUUGCCUCCGCCUGUGGAGCCGGACAGCUCAAGAUCUGGAAUGUCAACACAGGUCGCUGCAUCCGCACGCUUCCAUGUGGCUACGCAUUGUCCGUGGCAUGGCUGCCAGGCGACCAGCACGUCUUGGUCGGCUGCAAAGACGGUACGCUGCGCAGCUUUGACGUUCGCGCAGGUAUCGCUGUCGAGACGCUCGAAGCGCACCAAGGCCCCCUGUGGAGCGUAGCCGUACAACCCGAUGGUCUCGGCUGCGUCUCGGCGAGCGCCGACAAAGAAGUCAAGUUUUGGGAGUUCGAGAUGCAAGUUCCCGAAGACGACAGUGAUGACGAAGACACCCCUUCGAACGCCGACGCAAACGGCUCCAAAGCGCAAGCGCCACCACAGCUCGCCCUGGUCCACGUACGAACGCUCAAGAUGACCGACGACGUUCUCUGUGCGCGCUUCUCGCCCAACGGAAAGCUUCUUGCGCUCUCGCUCCUCGACAACACCGUCAAAGUGUUCUUCGCCGACACGCUCAAGUUCUUCCUCUCGCUCUACGGCCACAAGCUCCCCGUGCUCGCCCUCGACAUCUCGGGCGACAGCAAGCUCUGCGUCACCGUCUCCGCCGACAAGAACGUCAAGCUCUGGGGUCUCGAUUUCGGUGAUUGCCACAAGAGCAUCUUUGCGCACAACGAGAGUAUCAUGGGCGUCUGCUUCGAGCGCGGGCAGCAGGGUGGUGGGCUGAUGGGCGGCAGGCAGGGCAACUCGCACCAUUUCUGGACCGUCGGUAAGGACGGACUGGUCAAGCACUGGGACGGGGACAACUUCCAGAUGAUCCAGCAGUUGGAGGGACAUCAUGGUGAGGUGUGGGCGGUUGCGCCUGGUCACGCGGGCAAAAUGGUUGUCACGGCGGGCGCAGACCGAUCGAUCCGGACGUGGGAGAAGACGGACGAGCCGCUGUUCUUGGAAGAAGAGCGGGAGCGCGAGAUGGAGCGCGCCUUUGAGAACGCCGGCCAGACUCGACAGGAUGAAGAGCUGGCCAUCGGCUCGCUUGCUGAUGGCGCCGAUCCGGACGCGCAAGGUGCAUCCAGCGGGCCUGAAGCGACCGCCGUCUCCAAGACGACCUCUGAGACGAUGAUGGCGGGUGAGCGACUCAUCGAAGCGCUCGAGACGGGCGAUGCCGAUAUCGCCGCCCGCACCGCUGCUCGCGCCAACGGCGAAGCCGAACCCGCCUACCAUGCCCUCAUCACGGCCGAAUUCGACUCUGGUUCCCGUCACCGCUCGCCCGUGGACGAAGACAUCUCGGCGCAGAAGUACGUUUUGCGUGUGGUGGAGAAAAUCCUACCAGCGCAGCUCGACGAUGCACUCCUCGUCCUGCCCUUCGACAAGGUUCUCUCGCUGUUGCGCUACCUGGACUACUGGGCGAGGAAGGAGUGGAACAUUCCCCUCGUGUCGCGGGUGCUCUUUUUCCUCCUCCGCACGCACCACAGCCAGAUCGUCGCGAACCGCGUAAUGCGUCCGACGUUGCUGGAUCUCAAGAGCCACCUCCGCCAGGCACUGGCAAGGCAGAAGGCCACGAUCGGGUUCAAUCUCGCCGCGCUCAAGUUCAUCAAGGCGCAGCAUGUGGCGCAGAAGACGAGCGAGGUGUACGAGCGCGAAGGCCUGGAUGUGGACGAGGACAAGGUCAGGCAGAAGGUCGAGGCGAAUGCGGCGAGGAAGAGGAAGCUUCGUGUGGCUUGA